AUGCCACGCCUGAUCCUAUCCAGGAGCAAGUUUUACGACCUGACCACAGAAUCGAUGAGGGAGCGAAAAUACGAAGGCGAGGGAACCAGAAUACGGCGACGAGGGAACCAGAAUACGGCGACGAGGGAACGAGAAUACGACGGCGAGGGAACGAAAAUACGAAGGCGAGGGAACCAGAAUACGGCGACGAGGGAACCAGAAUACGGCGACGAGGGAACGAGAAUACGACGGCGAGGGAACGAAAAUACGAAGGCGAGGGAACCAGAAUACGGCGACGAGGGAACCAGAAUACGGCGACGAGGGAACGAGAAUACGACGGCGAGGGAACGAAAAUACGAAGGCGAGGGAACCAGAAUACGGCGACGAGGGAACCAGAAUACGGCGACGAGGGAACGAGAAUACGACGGCGAGGGAACGAAAAUACGACGGCGAGGGAGCGAGAAUACGACGGUGAGGGAGCGAAAAUACGACGGCGAGGGAACGAGAACACGACGGCGAGGGAACGAGAAUACGACGGCGAGGGAGCGAGAAUACGACGGCGAGGGGGCGAGAAUACGACGGCGAAGGAACGAGAAUACGACGGUGAGGGAGCGAAAAUACGACGGCAAGGGAACGAGAACACGACGGCGAGGGAACGAGAAUACGACGGCGAGGGAGCUAGAAUACGACUGCGAGGGAGCGAGAAUACGACGGCGAGGGAACGAGAACACGACGGCGAGGGAACGAGAAUACGACGGCGAGGGAGCGAGAAUACGACGGCGAGGGGGCGAGAAUACGACGGCGAAGGAACGAGAAUACGACGGUGAGGGAGCGAAAAUACGACGGCAAGGGAACGAGAACACGACGGCGAGGGAACGAGAAUACGACGGCGAGGGAGCUAGAAUACGACUGCGAGGGAGCGAUCAUAUGUACCAAGUGUAUAGAGAACACGACGGCGAGGGAACGAGAAUACGACGGCGAGGGAGCUAG